AUGGGCGGCGUGCCCUGGAAGCGGGUGGAGCUCGCCGCGCUCGUCCUCUACGCGCUGGGCUUCUACCUCGUCGUGAUCCGGAAAUCGCUUCGCCUCUCGCACGAUUACUCCGGGAGGCUCUACGGACUACGCCCGGGAUCACUUGCGGGGCAUCUGAAUGACCUGUCCGAUGCGCAAUGGAGAAACUUCCGCGGGAACUUGCCUAUUCUGUCCGCUGUAAUGGGAACAUUUCUGGUAUUAGUUAAUGGACUGCGGUACUGCUAUGGCCUGAAAGGCCGAGGGACCGCCCUGUUGUGGCUUGUGCUGUCCUUGAGCUAUCUGUGUUAUCUUCACGGUGCUUGUGUUGUCUUCAUUCUUUUAAUUUCAUUGAUUAAUUACUCUAUUGUCAAGCUAUUUGCUCAUUAUAAGUAUUGCACAAGCCUCAUUUGGAGCUUCAACUUAUCUGUUCUUGUUCUUAACCGAGUUUAUGAAGGCUAUUCAUUCUCAUUGUUCGGGCAAAAUCUGGCUUUUCUAGACAAUUAUCGGGGUACAUUUCGAUGGCACAUAUGCUUCAAUUUUGUUGUAUUACGGAUGAUUAGCUUUGGAUGUGAUUACUGCUGGACAGUUCAUUCUUCUCACUUUGAUCACAAGAAACAUAUGCAAAGAUGUCAGGUUUGUUAUUCUGGCAAAACAUGCUACUUUGCUUUGCAGGAAAGGGGGCUCAGUGUUGACAGGUACACUUUCCUCACGUAUUUAUGCUACUUGACAUACGCUCCACUCUACAUUGCUGGUCCUAUUGUUGGAUACAAUGCCUUUGCUGCUCAGUUAGAGGUACCUCAGAAAAAUUAUCCAUUUGCACAAAUAUCUUUGUAUGGCCUGAGGUGGAUCUUAAGUUUCCUCAUUAUGGAAGGCAUGACACACCUUUUCCACUACAAUGCCUUUGUAGUAAGCCGAUUAUGGCAGAACUUAUCCCCAUUUGAGAUCUUCAUCAUCAGUUAUGGGGUAUUAAACUUUAUGUGGUUGAAAUUCUUUCUUAUUUGGCGCUACUUCCGGUUUUGGUCACUGGUUGGAGGAGUUGAGACACCUGAAAACAUGCCUAGGUGCAUAAAUAACUGCCACGAUCUGGAGAGUUUUUGGAAAAGCUGGCAUGCUUCUUUUAACAGAUGGUUGGUUAGGUACUUGUACAUUCCUCUUGGUGGUUCUCGAAGAAAGCUACUGAGUAUCUGGGUGAUAUUCACGUUUGUAGCAGUGUGGCAUGAUUUGGAAUGGAAACUCGUUUCAUGGGCGUGGUUAACUUGCUUAUUUUUUGUUCCAGAGAUAUUGGUCAAAUCUCUGUCCAACAAAUUUCAGGCAAGUAGUUCCCUUGGGAUCCUUGUUCAUCGUGAAUUUAAAGCAAUUGCUGGUGCUGUGACAAUCAGCUGUCUUAUGGUGGCAAACCUUGUCGGUUAUGUUGUGGGACCAUCUGGGAUUAAAGUUCUGAUCUCAAAAAUGGCUGGGAAGGAUGCCAUGCCUGCCCUUGCCUUCAUAUUUACUACCUUCUACGUGGGUGUUAAGCUUAUGUUCCACAUACGUGAUGAACGCACGUGCCAGGGGUGA